ACUGCAUGGGGAUAGUGCUUUCUGUCUCUGUCAUUUGUGGUUUAAGAAAAGGGGGUGGUGUUCUGCAUUUGAAAGGACUUUAAUGAAUGCUGUCAGUGUUUUUGCGAGCUAAUGGUCAGUAUGGGAAAGGAGAGCAGAGGGAAGUGGUCUGGCUGCUUCAGGAUAGGUGGAUGAGAGUUUGCUCUGAUUGAACGGAAUGUUCCACUGUGUUUCAUCUUUAUUCAUUUUCCUUUGUUCUAUAUAAUGUGAUCUAUUGGUAUAAAAGUAAAUGUAGAUAUAUAUAUGUGAAUGUGAUUUAUUUUCUUUUAAAUCUGUUUGUUGUAUACAGCAGGGCAUUAUACUUCUCUUGUCUUGGUUGGAUGCACAAAUCUGUGUGCAGUGCUUUUUGCCCGUUGCCUAGACGAUCACUUGGUUUCUCAGAGGAUGUCUGGUUCUCGUAAAGAGUUUGAUGUGAAGCAGAUUUUGAAAAUCAGAUGGAGGUGGUUUGGCCAUCAAGCAUCAUCUCCUAAUUCUGCAGUUGACAGCCAGCAGGGAGAAUUUUGGAAUCGAGGACAAACUGGAGCAAACGGAGGGAGAAAGUUUUUAGAUCCAUGUAGCCUACAAUUGCCUUUGGCUUCAAUUGGUUACCGAAGGUCCAGCCAACUGGAUUUUCAGAAUUCACCUUCUUGGCCAAUGGCAUCCACCUCUGAAGUCCCUGCAUUUGAGUUUACAGCAGAAGAUUGUGGCGGUGCACAUUGGCUGGAUAGACCUGAAGUGGAUGAUGGCACUAGUGAAGAGGAAAAUGAAUCUGAUUCCAGUUCAUGCAGGACUUCCAAUAGUAGUCAGACAUUAUCAUCCUGCCAUACUAUGGAGCCAUGUUCAUCAGAUGAAUUCUUCCAGGCCCUUAACCAUGCUGAGCAAACAUUUAAAAAGAUGGAAAACUAUUUGAGACAUAAACAGUUGUGUGAUGUAAUUCUGGUUGCUGGUGAUCGCAGAAUUCCAGCUCACAGAUUGGUGCUCUCCUCUGUCUCGGAUUAUUUUGCUGCCAUGUUUACUAAUGAUGUCAGAGAAGCAAGACAAGAAGAAAUAAAAAUGGAAGGUGUAGAACCAAAUGCACUAUGGUCCUUGAUUCAGUACGCAUAUACAGGCCGCCUUGAAUUAAAAGAAGAUAAUAUUGAGUGCCUGUUAUCUACAGCUUGUCUUCUUCAGCUUUCACAGGUUGUGGAAGCAUGUUGUAAGUUUUUAAUGAAACAGCUUCACCCAUCCAACUGUCUUGGAAUCCGUUCUUUUGCUGAUGCACAAGGUUGUACAGAUUUGCAUAAAGUGGCUCACAAUUAUACUAUGGAGCAUUUCAUGGAAGUAAUUAGAAACCAAGAAUUUGUGUUAUUACCACCCAGUGAAAUAGCAAAGCUCUUGGCCAGUGAUGACAUGAACAUUCCUAAUGAGGAAACAAUAUUGAAUGCACUUCUUACUUGGGUUCGUCAUGAUCUGGAACAGAGACGGAGAGAUCUCAGUAAACUUUUGGCAUAUAUUAGGCUCCCCCUUCUUGCACCACAGUUUCUGGCAGACAUGGAAAAUAACGCACUUUUUCGAGAUGAUAUAGAAUGUCAAAAACUCAUUAUGGAAGCAAUGAAAUACCAUUUAUUACCAGAGAGACGGCCCAUGUUACAGAGUCCUCGGACAAAACCCAGGAAGUCAACUGUUGGUACAUUAUUUGCAGUUGGAGGAAUGGAUUCAACAAAAGGUGCAACAAGCAUUGAGAAGUAUGAUCUCCGUACAAAUAUGUGGACGCCUGUAGCAAAUAUGAAUGGGAGAAGGCUGCAGUUUGGUGUUGCAGUGUUAGAUGACAAACUGUAUGUGGUUGGAGGAAGAGAUGGACUGAAGACUUUGAAUACAGUAGAGUGCUACAACCCUAAAACAAAAACGUGGAGUGUGAUGCCUCCUAUGUCCACACAUAGACAUGGCCUUGGUGUGGCUGUAUUGGAAGGUCCCAUGUAUGCAGUAGGAGGGCAUGAUGGCUGGAGCUAUCUGAAUACAGUGGAAAGAUGGGACCCUCAAGCUCGCCAGUGGAAUUUUGUUGCCACUAUGUCCACCCCCAGGAGCACAGUAGGUGUGGCAGUAUUAGGUGGAAAACUUUAUGCAGUUGGUGGUCGUGAUGGAAGUUCUUGUCUCAAAUCAGUAGAGUGUUUUGAUCCUCAUACCAAUAAAUGGACACUCUGUGCACAGAUGUCAAAAAGGAGAGGUGGAGUAGGAGUAACUACCUGGAAUGGAUUGCUCUAUGCUAUUGGAGGACAUGAUGCUCCUGCAUCCAACUUGACUUCCAGACUCUCAGACUGUGUGGAAAGAUAUGAUCCCAAAACAGACAUGUGGACUGCAGUGGCAUCCAUGAGCAUCAGCAGAGAUGCAGUGGGGGUCUGUUUACUUGGUGAUAAACUAUAUGCUGUUGGAGGGUAUGAUGGACAGACCUAUCUUAAUACAGUUGAGGCUUAUGAUCCUCAGACAAAUGAGUGGACCCAGGUUGCUCCCCUGUGCCUAGGAAGAGCUGGGGCUUGUGUUGUGACUGUAAAAUUGUGAUUUAGUGCUUUGUUUCAUAGAUGAAAAUAGCCUCCCGUUUUAUGAAUCUAAUUCAGUUGUCUACUGUCAACGGGUACAGUUCUACUAAGUUUGCAGUGCUAUAUGUCCUGGGCACAAAGUCCCAGAUCUCAAAAGUGAAGAUGAUAAAACACAGGAGGAAGGUGUACAUGAACCAGGAUUAGAUACUUUCAUUUUCUAAGGACAUCAAAACUACAGCUAGUGGAUUGUGAACAUCUAUUCUUGAUGUAAAAUAUGAGGACAAAGGCACUGCUCUGAAACAUAAGGCAGUGUUAACUGGGAACUUCAUUUGUUCUUCAUCAGGCACAUUUUACUCACAUUAUCCAGAUUUCUUUUAUUAAAGUGUAAAUACACUGCAAAACUUCUAAAGUUUUGCUUCAUGACUUUUUUUUUAUCAUACAUGAAUUGCAGUAAUUUUUGUUUGGUUGUUUCCUUGUUUGUUUAAGGGCAACCACUAUUUUAAUGACACACUAAAGACUCUUCUGUGUAGUAUUUUCAGAAACAGCUGCAUUAUAUGUGCUCUGAUUGUGGAUUUUAUUUCUAAAAUUGGCUUAGUCCAAUAAGAAAAGAAAAACAUUAAAGAGUUAAAAGAAUAAUGACCAAAUAAAAACUUGAUAAAAUCUUUGGGAACUAUUUAAAUAUUCAUUCCAUUACAUUUAGAUUCACCAAGAAAUACAUGUUAGUUAUACUCUUAACUUGAAACGCGGUAUUUUACAUUAAAUUUAAGAUAUGCAACUUGAUGUAAAGAAAAUAAAUGUUAUAUAUAUCGUACAAUGUUCUUUCACCUACCUGGUAUUUAAUUACGAGGAUUUGUUUUAUUAAAAAUAUUUUUAUUUUAUCUUUUGAUAUUGACCAAAUUGCUUGGAUGUUCUUAUGUUCUCAAGUCUGUAUCUGCCUCCCCUCUUUUGUUUCUUCUGUUUUGUCCCAGUUUGUAAUCAAACAAUUUUAGGGGAAGGGGCUUAUUGAAUGUUUCAAAAAUAAGUUUAAAGUGUUUGUUAUCUGAAGUUUUGUACAUUUGUAAACUCUAAUUAUGUAGGUGAAUGUUAAUACUCUCGGUGAAUUAUUUAUUAUUUGCAAAAUGCACUGAGCAGUAACAUUUUGUGAUAAAACUGUAACAUAUAAGUCAUU